UUAACUGAAAUUAAGUAAAAUUCUAUGUAAGAAUCGUAUCUUUUUAACAGUCUAUGGACGGAUAAUACUGCGCACUUCACUGCUUGUUGCAAUUAAUAAGUAAGAUAACACAAGUCAUGUCAAGUGAAACAAACAAACCGUCAAAUAAAAUAUGUAAUUCCAUUGGUGUUUUUAUCCACAUCCUAUUAUUAACAUUUUAAAGGUGACAAAAUAAUUAAGAGGUACAGAUUUAAUAACCGUUCAUAUAUUUGUAUAAAAACAGGCAGAAGUACUUUCGCAGAUUUAUCAUUCUGUCUUGUAUUUAUGAAGUUCACGACUGAUGAAAAAAGAUGUUUUUGAAAAACAUUUUCAUUGAAUGUGUAUUGUUGUAUUUCGUAACGUUAAAUACGUCGUUUGUGAACACUAUGACGAAACAGCAAAUAAAAAACUCGGGUAAAAUAUUGAAGAAGGCUUGCAUGUCGAAAAACGAUGUUACUGAAGAUCAAAUUAGCGAUAUAGACAAAGGAAAGUUUAUUGAAGAUAAGAAUGUGAUGUGCUAUAUCGCCUGCGUGUACUCUAUGAGUCAAGUAGUAAAAAAUAAUAAAUUUGUCCACGACGCUAUGGUGAAGCAGGUCGAUAUGAUGUUUCCAACGGAAAUGAGAGACGCAGUGAAAGCCUCCAUAGCUAAUUGCAGAGGAGUUGCUAAAAAUUACAAAGACAUAUGCGAGGCAUCAUUCUGGACUGCAAAAUGUAUGUACGAAUUCGAUCCCGCUAACUUUGUAUUUGCCUGAUCGAUUCAAUGUAAAAAACUAAAUGUAUUAAAAUUGCCUAUGAAAAAUAAAUUAAUGGAUGGUUAUAAUGUUU